AUGCUAGAGGGACACUCGGUCGGGAAGGUUCUGGAGGUUUUCCAAGAGAGAUCGAGAGCGGGGCUGUCCACUUUCGAGCACCUGUUCUUCGUCAAGACUGCCAAGACUGCAAGAGACAGAGUGGUUGGAGUUGGACAAGUUUGGUCGUGGUGCUGGAGUGGCAAGUUUGUUCCUGGAGGUGGCGGGUGGGAGGGGGCCAUGGCGUGUUACUUUGGUUACUUCGUCCAAGCUGUCACUUGUUCCAUGCUGCUGCUUACUAAAACCCUACAAGAGAGUGCUGGCUUCUGCAGGUUGGCGGAGGACCAGCGCGACAAGGUUGCCGACUUUAUAUCCUUUUUGUUUUGGUGUUUUGGAGGCCUGUUCUUGGAUGCGGCCGGUUGGCUUGUUGACACGUGUCCCGGAUCGUUCCUGGUAUCAGUGACCGUUACGGUGGAGGCGGUGGUGACCGGUAUGGCGGUGGUGGCGGUGGGGGUGGCUACCGUGACCGCUCGCCUCCUCGCGGGGGCGGCGGCGGCGAUCGUUAUGGCGGCGGCAGCGGCGGAGGUUACAGCGAGCGUCGGAGAGACGAGUACUGAGAGGGGCCUGGUUCAUGCUAGCAAAGAUGCAUGGGCCCCUGUGUUUUAGUUCUAGUGAGUCUGAAUGGAGCCAGGCAGAAGUCUGAUGUUUGCUUUGCUUGUUUAAAAUAUGCGUCACUACUUGCUAUCUGCUCGUUUAAUUACCCUCCUGAAUUGGUGCUGUCUCUCUUCCCAACAAGAGAUGCUUCAUCUGGCCUCUCUCUACACCUCUUGCUGUAGUUGACCACUCAAGUCACAUACCUAGUUCUCAACAUUGGUGCCAGAUUAUUUAGAAGCCCUGUUCAAGACCGGGUCUGACCCUGUACGAGUUGUAGGCCUUGGUAGUGGAAGGGUGACCUUCUUGGCCCGUGCAUGACCACCUCCAGCCAACAGUAUAACAGAGUUUCUUGGUGCACCAUGCAAAUGAAAGGUAGAUUGCGGACUGAACACUUUCAAGCGAAAUUGAAACCGGUUCAUGCGAUCACACUUGUUAUUGUUUCCAGGUUCAG